GUGGAAAACAGCUUCGUCCUCCCUCCAGCCCAGCAAUAACCCUCAUGCAGGUGUCUUGGGUUCGGUGCCCCUGCACUGAGGUUGCGAGGGGGACACUUAGGAGCGCAGGAGCCACCCCCUUCCUCAUUCUUUGGGAGUGAAGCCCGUGCCCAGUCUUGGAUCCAGAGGCAGCAAGAGGCCAGUUUCCUCCCGGUUUUCAUCGUCUGUUGGGUAGCUCCGGAAGGGCACGUGAGGGGAUUGCGCGUGUGUGCAUGUGUGUGUGUGUGUGUGUGUGUGGGGUGGGGGUGGAGAUGCUGCUCUUGUCCUGACACAGGCACACACUCACGGCUGUGGUGCAUAGUGCUCUCUGGACACCGCACAGCCCCGGUGUGGCGGCCGGCGAGUUCCCCAUGCACUCGAGUGCUCACCGGGCACGGUGCACUUGGGAAGCGUGUGCCUGGCUUACACCAGCACCGUGCCCCCGGCACAGCCCCCUCCGGCAGGCGGCCCGGAGUCAGGGCACGGCUUGCUCAACGCAAGGGCUGUGCAGUGAGUGGGUGCUGUCCUCGUGCACACAGCCUUCUGCACUCGGGGCAGCCCGGGGGCUGGAGCGGCCACGCUGGGGGUUUCCGUGGGUCUCCGAGCUGCAGACAGGAGCUGGCGCGUGGCGCCCCGUUUCAGCACGGCAAAGCAAGCCAGGUUUCUCUCCCCAGGGUCAGAGCUGGUGGAGAAUGAGCCUCCCUCCAGGUAGCAGCGGUAACAACCCCUACCCCAACACCUACCCUGAUGACUACCCUGGCGACUACAACUUCACGAUGCCCGACCGGGACAGCUCGGACGUGCUGCCCUACACGCUCACACCGCUCCACGGCCUGGCCCUGGCCUUCUACGCCCUGGUCUUCAUACUGGGCGUGCUGGGCAACGGGGCCGUCAUCUGGGUGACGGGCGUGGAGAUGAAGCGCACGGUGAACACCGUCUGGUUCCUCAACCUCGCCGUGGCCGACCUGCUGUGCUGCCUGGCGCUGCCCUUCCUGGCCAUGCCCCUCAUCCGCGACCACCACUGGGCGCUGGGCAGCUUCCCCUGCAAGCUCCUGCCGUCCCUCACCAUCCUCAACAUGUUCGCCAGCGUCUUCGUCCUCACGGCCAUCAGCGCCGACCGCUGCGCCCUGGUGACCCUGCCCAUCUGGUGCCAGAACCACCGCUCGGCGCGGCUGGCCUGGGGCGUGUGCGGGGCGGCCUGGCUGCUGGCGCUGCUCCUCACCGUGCCGUCCUUCAUCUUCCGCAAGACGCGCACGGACGUCUUCUCCCCCAAGGUGACGUGCGUGCUGGACUACGCCGCCGUGCCCGGGCACCAGCAUGCGGCCGAGGUGGCCACGGCCGCCCUGCGCUUCACCUGCGGCUUCCUGGCGCCCUUUGUCGUGAUCUGCACCUGCUACGGGCUGCUCCUUGCCCGGCUCCGUGACAGCCGGUGGGGGCUGUCGCGCCAGCCCACCCGGGUGGUGCUGCCGGUGGUGGUGGGCUUCUUCGUGUGCUGGCUGCCCUACCACGUGGUGGGACUGGUCCUGGCCACGCACGUGUCCGGCGCGGCCCCAUACAGCCUGGCACACGCCGCUCAGCCGCUGGUGCUGGGCCUGGCCUACGUCAACAGCUGCCUCAACCCCCUGCUCUAUGUGCUGCUGGCCCGCGGGCUCCGGUGCUCCCUGGGUGCCCGCCUGGCCGGCGCCUUGCAGGAGUUGGAGCCCACCGCUUCGACGCCCUCCAAGUCCACCAGCGACCGGGCCACCAUGGAGGAGCAGGUGUAGCCGGCGGGCACCGGGGAAGGGCUGAGUGCUGGCACCGCAAUGAGUUGGCGUCCCUGGGUGCGUCCUCGGUGCCACUUGGGUGCCAGCUGCUUGCUUGGCCCCAAUGAGAUUGAAGUCGGUUCCUUAUUCCCAGUUCCUUAUUCCUGGUUCCUUUUUCAAAGCUGAUCUAGAGCCAAUAAAAGCUUGCUAUUAAUAAACUCCGUAUCCUAAAGAAAGAGAAUUUCAUGAGCUACACAUAUGUACUAAUUAAGAUGUAAAAUAAUAUUCCACGUCAAGUACAGAGCCCUAAAUGAAGGUUGGAUUAGGGUUUAUGGGGCAAAGUACUUCU